CCAAUCGUUGGAGAUGUUUGUUACGGCGAGUGGCACUAUCCUCCGGGAUGCACUGACUGCCAGUUCCGUGCAACGUGGGCCUACAUCGACGAAAUCGACAGCAUUGAAUUCACCAUUGCGGCAAGCGUACCGGAGGAAUCAUGGACUGGAAUUGGGUUUUCUUCAAAUACCAAGGCAUGGCAUCUUGCAAAUAAAAUUGACAUGAUUGUUGUCCAAAGCCAUAAAAAUCAACUGACGGUGACGGAUAUGAACGUCGCAUCGCCCCUCAGCGUGCCGAAACUGGACCCGGAACAAAACCUGGUUCUACCAGAGGUGGUGGGAAUGCACGAAAAUGGCAUGCUCAGGGCGACCUUCAUUCGACCGCGAACGACGACAGAUCUGAUCAAUGAUGUACAGUUCACUGACGAAGACUGCUUCAAUUUCGUUUUCCCGGCGCAUCCGGGUCGUCUGGAUAGAAAUGGCAAUAUCGACUCAUUGACCAAGCCCCCGAUUAUAUCGAAAGAGAAGGUCUGCGUUCGAAGCUGCACGCCGAAAAUCUUCAAAAAAAACUGUCAGCAAGAAUAUCGAUUUCCCGCAGGCUGCAUACCACCGUCAUGCGAAUAUUUGGCCGUUUGGUCCUUCGAUCCGAGUUCCAACGAAGUCACUUUUCAUAUUACUUCUAAAGAAGUUGGAAGAUGGACAGGUAUAGGCUUUUCCGAAACCGGCUCAAUGACAAACAGCGACAUGAUCAUGGGCUGGGUUCAUGAGAAUAAGACCUACGUCACGGACAGGUUUGCGUACGGGAAGGAAAUGCCGGUGAUCGACAAGCAAAAGGAUGUCUACAACAUUCAGGGCAGAAUCGAAGAUGGUAUGCAGACGUUGGUAUUUUCCCGGAAGCGCAAUACGACAGACACGCAAGAGGAUGUCAGCCUCGACGAAUGUGUGUACUUCUUGUUUCCGGUCGGCGGUGGUCGGAUUUUGGCUAGAUCGUCGCAAGACUACCACGACAGCAGCAUCCAUGUCGGCUUCCAUGACAUGUACAUCCCAAAGGUGUCCAGCGAACCCAUCUGCAUUUGUUCA